GCUCCGCACCAGCGCCGCGGAGGCCGACACGCAGUCUCUCCGCAAGGAAGCGGAGCGAAACGCAAGCGACUGAAACGAGAGCAGCGUGCGUUUCUCUUUGGACUUUGGGUCGGGUGAGCUGCCAGCGAGAGCGCGGCGGGGUGAGGCUUUGCCGAGCGACAUGAGCUACCGGCUCGGGGAAGCGGCGGGCCGCGAGGAGGGCGACGAGGAGCCGUUCGAGACGGCGUCGUCCGUGUCCAGCGGCGACUCCGACUCCGACGACGAGGAGGAGGGGGACCAGUUCCCCGGCGGCGGCGGCGGCAGCGUGGCCGGGGGCGAGGCCUCGUGCGACCACCAGGACCGCCGCGCGUUCGUGCCGCAGCCGCUGCGGAGGAUGAACUCGGACAGCAUCUACGACAUGACGUCCAUGAUGUCGCAGCUCCCGGCCAAGAAAGGGCUGUCGCGGUACUACGAGGGCAAGUCGCAGUCGUUCGCGUGCAUGUCGGAGGUGCGCUGCCUGGAGGACCUGCGCAAGAAGGACAACCCCUACAAGCAGAAGAUCAAGUCGUGCAAGAGCUACGUCGCGCUGGGAGGGAUGAUGGCCAAGAAGCAGCCCGCCUCCACCUCCUGCGUCAACCUCGACCUCGUCGCCGCCAACGGCUUCAGGACGCCGCCCAUUCGGAACGGGUACCACCAGUAGGCGGCGCUGGACGGGUCGCCGCUUGCGAGAGAGCGCUGCAAUGCGACUGCAGGAACGCCGUUAUUGUUCCUCGAGGGUCACUGAACUGUUUUUCUUUUCUCUGUUUCUUUCUACUUGUUCUGCGGGUGAUUUUCUUCACGGGCGCAUUUAGUCUGUGAGAAUUUUACGAGGUGGCGUGAACUGUUACUUGUUCUGCUGUUGGUAGAGUACUAGAGGAACUUACCGUUGACCGUUCUGCACUGUUGCUGCUCGGCAAAAAAGAAACUGUUCUUUGGGUACUGUAUGUAAAUACGAAGCGCGGCAGUCCAGGGCUCCAGGCAGAAAAUCAUCGACCGUUUCCUUCUUUUGUGCA